AUGGUGUAUCUCGUGCUUCUGAUUGCCGCGACGGCAGUCCUCGCUUCCACCCUCAAACCGCCUGUUCUCCCACUUCUGGUCCGGAAUCCCUACCUGAGUGCAUGGAUGUCAAAUGCUCGCGACCCUCCGUGGGAACAUUGGCCCAUGUUCUGGACUGGCCAGCCGGUGCGUCAAGCGUGGGAGCGAUUGAUGCCCUACGAAGUGCUGACAGAUCCUCCCAACCAGCUCGGCUUGUCUGUCAUGGUCUUCGUGCCACACACGAAGACCGUAUACCCGUUGCUAGGCCGGCCUGUCGACUCUCUGCCGGAAUUGGACGAGUUGUCUGUCAAGUUUCCAGUGUACAAAGGGGCCUCCUUUGACGCGUCCACGACCAAUCUCACAUAUUCAGUCAGCUCCGCCGACAGUUCUCGCCGCUCAAACUCGAUAGUGUUAUCAUUUCUGUCACCCAUUACCCCACUGUCAACUCUUCGCCAGUCCAUGCCGGCCGCCUACUUGACCGUCUAUGCUGAGGGAGUCUCUGACAUUGUCGUCUACGCAGAUGUGAACGGGGAAUGGCUCAGCGGAAACGGAGACAGCAAGAUCGAGUGGCAGCUUCGGGAGCCGUCGGCCGGCCCUACGAAGUCGUGGCACGUGUCGCGCGCAACACAACUUCUCUUCACCGAGUUCUCGGACAGGGCCGAAUGGGGAACCUUUCAUUUCACCGGUCCACGUGCUGUGCAACAUCAGUCAGGACCAGCUGCCGCCGUCCGCCUUCAGUUUGCGACGAAAGGUUAUCUGACAGGAGAGGUCGACAACCGUUUUCGGCCCAUCAAGGAUUCCGAGCCCGUUUUCGCCUUUGCUCUCCCGAUAAACCUCACUGGAACAGGAGCGGAUCGGAAGACGAAGCGUGCAAGCGUAACGUUUACCGUGGCUCUUGCCCAUGAUUCCGUCGCCCAGUUUGCUGCCGCGCGAGGGCUGACGUAUAUGCGCCCGCUAUGGGCCUCAUACUUUCAUAACACCAUCCACAUGCUGGACUAUCACUACUCUGACUUUGAGAUAGCAUCAAAGCUGGCACGGAGCUACUCGCAACAGCUCGAGGUUGAUGCCGUCGCCUCUGGCUCCCAUGCCUACCGUGACAUCACCUUCCUGUCUGCCCGUCAAGUCAUGGGCGCUACGCAGUUCUCAGGCACGCCAGACAGCCCCCUCCUCUUCCUCAAGGAAAUAUCAUCCAACGGCAACUUCCAAACCGUCGAUGUCAUAUUCCCGGCAUUCCCUUUCUUCCUCUACACAAACCCUCGCUGGCUGGCGUACUUGCUCGAGCCACUCCUCGAGCAUCAGCUCAGUGGCCAGUAUCCCAACAACUACAGCAUGCACGACCUAGGGGCGCAUUUCCCGAACGCGACGGGUCAUGCGGAUGGCAAGGACGAGUAUAUGCCCCUGGAGGAGUGUGGGAAUAUGCUCAUCAUGGGACUUGCCCUCGUGAAUUCGAUGCGUCAUCGGUCACACGCCGCAUGGGCUACAGCCAUGGAGGGAUCGAAUGCGCCGGAGCGCGUCCAGGCGACCGAUGCGGCUCUGAUCCCGUUGCAGCUUGACUCCUUGCGAAUGGACCGGCCUAUCCGGAGAACGGCCGAGGAUGCGGCUGUGUCCUGGGCAUCGAGGUCGCUCAAGCUGUGGAAGCGAUGGGCGGGCUAUCUGCUUCGGGAGUCGCUCAUGCCUCGCAAUCAGUUGAGCACCGACGAUUUUGCUGGCUGGCUUGCGAACCAAACGAAUUUGGCACUCAAGGGUAUCAUCGGAAUCCGGGCAAUGGCCGAUAUUUCGGAGCUUGUGGGUGACCGCCAGGACGCGCAUGAGUAUGAGAGUGUUUCUCGCUCCUUCGUCGUGAAAUGGUUGGAGUAUGGCCUCGCCCGGGACGGGACGCAUGCCAAGCUUGCGUACUCGUGGUAUGGUUCUUGGACUACCCUCUACAACCUAUUUGCAGACUCUAUGCUCUGUUUCCACACCCCCGGCGUCUCACCCUCAUCGCUGGGUCGACUACAGAAACCGCUGGGCAAGCGUGCCAAGGACGCCCUGCUGCCCGACCGCCUCUACCGCAUGCAGAGCACAUGGUAUCACGCAGUCCGUCAGCGGUACGGGCUGCCUCUCGACAGCAGACAUCUCUACACCAAAAGCGACUGGGAACUCUUUGCUGCCGCGGUGGCCAGUAGGAAGACUCGGAACGCCAUAGUGGAAAGUGUUGCCCUAUGGGUGAACGAGACGGUGACAGAUGGACCUCUGACCGACCUGUACGACACCGAGGGUGACGGCAACUUCUCGCCUAUCAGGUUCAUGGCCCGGCCAGUUGUAGGCGGCCAUUUCGCGAGACUGGCCCUGGAGCGAGCGUGCGAAGGAAAGGCAACGACAGCACUCGCUUUUCUCGACGAAGGCAGUGAAAAUACAUAA